AUGGGAAUUGUUGUCCUCUUCUUUACCAUUGUCUUCUUUAUGAGCCAAGUUCUACCAGUCAGGGGCAAGUUCAAGGAGAUCUGUGAGCGUCCAAAUGGCUCGUGCCGUCACUUUUGUACUGAAACAGAAAUCCAUGUCGGGAGAUGUUUAGAUGGCCGACUGUGCUGCCUGCCUGUCAUAAGUCGACCAAGAAUCGAGAGUACGACUACCAAGUGA